AUGCUAUUUAAGGGAUUGGAAUUUAGAUUAAAGUGGGUUUUGAAGAUCAUCAUUUUAAAUUAAUUCUUAAUUAUCUGGAUAGAGAAACAACAAUAUUAAGAGUUUGUAGAGAGAUAUAAUUAUUGUAAAUUCAGAUACGCAGAGGUGACUAAAUUUUAUAAAAGUAAUUCUAUUAAUUACAUCAAAAGGGUCAAAUUUUAUGAUAUUUAUCAAUUUAUUUUCUUAUUAUAAUAUUUAUGAUUAAUAAGCUAAAAAUAGUAUAACAAUUUGUUAAAAAUUUGAAUAAUAAUAAAAAUUCAGUUUGGAAAAGAGUGAAUAACAUCAUAUAUGUGGUCCCAAGCAACUAAACUCUUCAUUUCUGACCUCUAAAAUAUAGAAUAUAAUAUUAAAAGAAAAUAAAUGGGAAAUUAUGAUUGAAUGGCAAGAUGAAUCUAAUAAUUAAAAUGAAAAAGAGGAUUUUGUAAUUAAUUAAUUUAGAGAUAUAAUUUCAAAUUAUUCCUAAUCGAUUGUCUUUAAUACUUUUAUCAAACCAUAUCGAAUUGCCAAAAAGAACUAAUGUCUAAAAUUAUUUUUUUCAAUAAGAAAAUUUUGUAGUGAAAUAUAGAAUAGUUGGAUUGCUAUUCUAAAGAAUUAAAGAAAACAUUAAUUGAAUAGAUUGGAAGUCAAAUAUAUAUAGAUCUAAGUUAUGAAAUUUAAUAUUUGCAAAAAAAGUAAAUACUUUAAAAUACUAUAAAUUUUAUAGUGCAGCAUAAAGAGAUGCGGAUUAGAUCGUAAAUUAAGAAAUAAAUUUAGAUGA